AUGCUCAAACGACAGCGUCCUCCAACGCCCCCACCAUCGCUGGACGAGGUUUCGUCGUUAACGCCAUUUCCCGAUCGACCUAUCAGACCAAUACCACACCGUGAAACUCCUCCAGACAUGUUUUCACAGGAAUCGCGUGCUAAAAGACGCAGAAUACACCCUCCAGUGCUAGACGGUGCACAGAGAGGCUGGGGUAGACCACCUGCAUUGUCAGUGCCUCACGCAGAUGAUAGCGAUGGCGAAGAAGAUUGGAUAGAUGAAGAGGAUGACGCGGCAACUGGUUACUUCGCGGCGUCACCGGACUAUACAGACUACAAGCGGGCCAAUACUAUGCUACACGAGAUUCAUGCUUUACACCAGCAUAGGCUUAUGUUUACCCAACCGGACUCACAACCACCGUCACAUCUAUAUUUGCCUCUGCACGCAGGCUUCUCAGCCCCUCCACCGCUUAUGGCCACUCAUCCACAUAAUCUUUGGCAUUCCACUCACGGUCUUCGCCAUCCGCCUUCUAUUUCAUCCAAUGGCAAAUUAUUUAUACCAACACUGCCGGAACGCCCUUUGCCUGAGUUCUAUUCCCAUCUCCCACAUGCGGCCCAAACUCCUACUGAAUUAACUGCACACACCCCAUUGGAUUUUCACGAAGUCAAGUCCGUGCGAGAACGGUAUGAGGAUACCAAUAAACUGUUGGGUUCAGUAUUCCUCUCGCGGAGACGGGAACUUCAAGACAGCCCUAAUUCCAGUACUCCUGUCACAGAGCGAGGCCACUGA